AUGUAUCCCGUGCGAGAACACCUGGUGCAUGGCUUGAAGGGCGCCCCGGACGGCGACGCAUCGGCCUUGGUGGAUCUUGGAGGCGGCACCGGACAGAUUUUGCAGGACUUCCAGGCCGCCGUUCCCGAAUACUCUGGACGACUGGUCCUGCAAGAGAUCCCCGACGUCAUCAAUGUGGCCCAGUCAUUGGGCGUUGGGAAGGAGUCUGGCAACGGCCCGCGGAUCGAGCUGCAGGAACAUGACUUUUUCACACCGCAGCCGUUGAAGGGCGCCCGCUUAUUUCAUGCGAUAUGUACUCCACGAUUGGCCUGA